AGAGUGAGUGGGAGGGCGGGUACGGUGGGAAGAAUCACUGUGUUCCUAAAGUUGUAUUUCUGAAAUGCAUGAAGUUUGUGUUCCUUAAACAAACGGUUUAUCUGGGGGAAAACAAGAAGAAUGCUGUCAUGGGUUCAAGAAGUUAGAUGAUGGUGAGGAUUUAUGAAGGCUGUGCUGGAGGGAGUUGGUCUCAAACGGACGGGAACUGGGAAGGCAAAUGUGUGAGGAUGGCAGUGCAAGCUGUCAGGAAGAAAACUCGUAUUUUUGUGCAAAAAGAUUCCUUAAAACUCAGCCAGGGAAGUAGUGACAAACUUGCUGAGUAUCUGAACGCUGACCAAGCAGUGGUGCUGCGCUCAGCUGGCCGGGGAGUGGCGUGGACCACACCCUGACCACAGCUGUCUCUCAGCCAGGCACAGCUCCGAGGAGAAGGGGAGAAGGGCGCAGGCCUGGUUUCAUGCUCCUGUUGCUUUCUUGAAUUCUCGAUAACUCUGCAUGAGAGGCCCCGCAUGCCCAGGUGGCUGCACAGACCGGAGCGACUUGGGUGUGGCUGCAGGGAGAGCUUUACCCCAGAUGCUGGGAGAGUUGUCCCUUAGCAAGUCCUCCGGGAAGCAUCACCACGGGGAAGCGCACACAGGCCCAGGACCCUCGCCUGGCCGUGGGGUCUGCUCAGGUGCGCGGGAAGCAUCGUCCCAGUGCGUCGUGUUCAGGACUUCUGCUAAAGGCAUACAGUACCGCUGCUCUUGCCGCGUGGGGGAAAUAGGCAGCUGUGUGAGAUGUGUGUGUGUGUGUGUGUGUGUGUGUGUUUAUUUGCUUCACUAGAGUGAUCAUUGUACUCUCUUUGUCUCUGUCUCUCUCUAUAUAUAUAUCUCAUAACAUUCUCUAUAAUAUCUUCUGUAUAUUUUAAAUAUGCACACAAUAAAAUUUAUCCUAGAAAACCGUAUUCUCGUGAGAGCUCCCUGCCUGCUAACCAGUGUCCAUUCUGCAUCCCAUGAGCUGAGGAGAAAUUUUGACCCUCCAGUCGCGUUCAGACUUGCUUUUUGCAUGGCUUCCACCCCAUUGACGAUGAUUCCUCUGUUGGAGCUGGGCACAAUGAAUUGGAAGGUUCUGGAAGCAGUGCCCCAUUAUCGCUCAUGGAGAACUUUCCUGCACGUGCAGGAGUCUGGAAGACGUCCACUGCGAUCCCCACAGGUGACUGCAAGGGCUCAGGGGAGGAGGUGAGUGCAGAUGUGGUGUAAGCAGUGAGAGCCAGGGCUGGAGGUGACGUGGUCUCAGGAUUCAGCAUUACCCGAGGUGGAGCUGGUGCGCAGGAGCAGGUGCUGAAGGGAGAACCCAUCGAGGUGAAGAGGCUGUGCCCAUGGCUGCAGUGACACCACAGCAUCUAGAAAAUGAUGGAAACUCAGCGGGCAGCCGGUGGCACCGUUCAAGGGGACUGAGCCCAAAUCUGAAAGAACCUGGUGCAUAAAAUGCCAUCAUCUUUUCCAGCAUGGUGUGCUACAGGGACAGAGCUGAUGAGGCAAACCCCACGGAUGUCUUACGUUGGGAGACUGCCAUGCCCCUACCAUUCCUAGCCAUCCUCAAGGUGGGACCCUGCACCAGCAGAGGUUAGGCAUUGCUCAAGGCUUAGGUGAUCAUUAGCAUUUUUAAGGCAAUAAAGUGUGUUUUAAAACACAGGUGUAAUUUUUCAUCAACACAUGACAGUACAGGGGUAAAGUGUGUCAUGUCAACACACAUACAGAGUGCGUAAUGAGCAGAUAAGGGUAACUGGGUAUCCAGCACCUCAAACUUGCAGAAUGUCUUCAACUUGGGAACACUCAAAAUUCUCUGUCCUACUUGUUUUGAAACAUGAAGUAACUGUUGUCAACCGUAAUGGACCUACUGGGCUGAGGACUGUUAGAAUUCCCUGUGCUCCUGUGCCCAUGACGGUGUGUAUGUAAUGCAACCCUGUACUUCACAGACUACAGCGUUGCACAAACACAGCUGUUACACGGGCCAGGAAGCCAGGAGGUCUGUGAGUCUGUUGUGGUGUUUACUUAUCCCAGUGGUCUAGAACCAGACCUGCAGCAACUCUGAGUUACGCCUGGACUUCCCACGUAGAGCGAACAGUGUGUGAUGCUUUCAUUGAUGAGUUUACAGAAGACUUUCACAGCAGUCAUGGAGACAUACCAGUCCUAGGUGCUGUGGUUAUUUCUCGUAGAAAAGAUACCAGCUUUAGACCAACAGCACACAGGGGCUAUCACUGAGCUCUUGUAGAUUUUCCCUGAAAAGUAGGUUGCGUUAAGCACCAUAGCAUCCCUUUUAUCAUAAAAAGAGGAUGCUGUCAAGUGCAGGUUUGUCUCAUCUGUAAUGAACGAGAAUUAACCAUGUCCACUCAUCCACCAUCAUAUGCAUACGGUAUCAUCUCCUCUCUCUGAAAGGCGACUCCACUGAAGGUGGUAUCAUCCCCUCAUGAUGUCCACAAAGCAGAGAGGUAGCGGAAGCCACAGGCUGACACGCCUUUGUAAAGAGCAGAUGGUAAAUGGUCCAGGCUUUGUCACAGCUCUCAGCUCUGUAGGUGUGGACACUGCUGCGGCCAGUGUGUGCCAGAAUGAGCCUGAUAUAUUCCAAUAAACUGUGUUUAGAGGCCCUGAAAUUGGAAUCGUACAUGAUUUUCUUUUUUUAAAAAAGAUUUAUUUAUUUGAAAGUCAGAGCUGCAGAGAGUGAGGGAGAGACAGGGAGGGAGAUCUUCCACCUGCUGGUUCACACCCCAGAUGUCCGCAAAAGCCAAGGCUGGGCCAGGCUGAAGCCAGGAGCCAGGAGCUUCAUCUGGGUCUCCCAUCUGGAUGGCAGGGCCCAAGUUCUUAGACCAUCUUCUGCUGCUUUUCCCAGGUCUGUAUCAGGGAGCUAGACUGGGAGUGGAGCAGCCAGGACAUGAACUGGUGCCCACAUGGGAUGCCUAUAUCAUAGGCUACAGUUUAACCCGUUAUGCCACAAUGCUGGCCCCUUCCGUAAAUUUCUUACCUCACAGGCCAACCCAAAACAGGCAGCUGGCCGGAUCUGGUGGUAUUUUGCUAACCACUAGUGCAGGUGAUAUAAAGAUAAAUCAGAUGUGAUAUACAUACAUGCAUACAUAUAAAUAUAUAAAGAUAAUUAUGUAUAAUUAACGCAAAAACAAAUAAGCAAAUAAAUCAGUGUUGUCUUUGUCCUUAAGGAGCUAUAUUCUUUUUAAUUUUUUUAACCUAGACACCUUUUAUUUAAGGUAUAUAAACUUCAUGCAUUUGAUAACGUCCACAUUCAGCCUAAACAGCGGUUUGUCUAGUGCUCUACUGCACAGCCCAGGGAAGUUGUCCUGGUCCUUAGAAGCCUCCUGAGAGCCGCAGGUGUGGACCUUUCUGACAUGUGCAGAUGUGAGUUUCACUCUGAUGCUUUUGUCUCCAGCUCAUGGAAAACACCUGUUUGCCUCCCUUUCUCUCCAUUCACUUUGAGCUGACAAUUCCCUGUUGGUGCCAAAGGAAUUCAGUGGAUAUGUGUGUUUACUGAUUAUUUUCCAAUAAUUUUUAAAAAAUAUUUAUUUAUUUGAGAGCUAGAGUUAUAGACAGUGAGAGGGAGAGACAGAGAAAGCAAGGUCUUCUGUCCAUUGGUUCAUUCCCCAAAUGGCCGCAAUGGCUUGAGGUGCACACAUCCGAAGCCAGGAGCCAGGAGCUUCAUCUGAGUCUCCCACAUAGGUGUGGGGGCUGAAGGACUUGGGCCAUCUUCCACUGCUUUUCCAGGUCAUAGCAGAGAGCUGGAUUGAAAUAGGGGCAGCUGGUAGGAGAACCGGUGCCCAGAUGGUUGCUGGCACCACAGGUAGAGGAUUAACCUACUGUACCAUGGCACCAGCCCCACCCAAUAAUUUUUUGUUGUUGUUUUUCUUGUGCCUGUGUCUGAAUGAGUCCCAGGCCCUCAGAGUGUUCCUAGAGAAAGGAAGUGUUGGGACUUCAGAGGAUGUGUGGGAGCUCGGGUGGGGAGAAGAGACCCGGCUGUGGGUGGCUGCGAUGUUCGUCAUGCUCACUGGUUGGGGAACAUUCUAGAGGACGGUACAGCAUGUCUUUUAUUAUUUUGACAGGGAGAGUUAGAGAGAGAGAAAGAGAGAAAGGUCUUACUUCCGUUGGUUCACUGCACUGAUCCGAAGCCAGGAGGAGGUGCUCCUCCUGGUCUCCCAUGCAGGUGCAGGGGCCAAACACCUGGGCCAUCCUCCACUGCCUUCCCAGGACACAGCAGAGAGCUGGACUUGAAGAGGAGCAACCAGGACAGAAUCUGGUGCCUCAACUGGGACUAGAACCUGGGGUGCCAGCGCAGCAGGUGGAGGAUUAGCCUAGAGAGAGACGGCGCCGGCCGAGGUACAGCACGUCUUAUAGAAUUAUAAGAGACGUACCCUGGUGAGGCCAUUACAGAUACCAUACAUAAUGCUCAGAUAAUCAAGUUAUCUGAACAAAUGAUAGUCACCAAAGUGGGAGACAUGGUCUUUCAUUUAGAUUUGUUUGAUCCCCAGUAUUAAUAUUAUUUAUACACUGAAAAGAAGCUAUGGGAUUCUCCAGCUGCUUCAGAAAGAACUACGUUAUAAGACAUACGGGGGAGUUCUCAGAGUGUGAGAGAGAGGGUGAGGAUAGUGCAAGCCGACCCUCCUCACGUGAAGUCCACAGUGCCCGGGCCCCACCUGUCCUCAUGCCGCCUGGCAUUCACUGUGGGGCUGGAAGCACUGGAAUAUUUUCCAUGGUGAGGAAAAUCUGUUUCACACCGUUUUUCCUAAUUUCUGAGGUUCAUUGUUUUGGUCUGAGAUCCAAGUUAAUUGGAGUCUGGGGACUCUGCUCCCUGGGGCUAUUCCCUGUGAAGGUCUCAGCCCCAGACCUGAUGACAAAUUACAGCCCUGCCAGGCAGAGCUCAGCUGAAAUACACACCAGCCUCCCCCCUUCCGAGUGUUCAGAACCGUGGACACGGCGGGCAUUUGCAGAAAUGCGUGAUCCUCCAUCUGCGUGGGGCCAGCUGCACUCACUCCCCUUCACAGAGGGGGCUCAUGCUGCACCAUGAGAAGCCGUGUGUGACUGUGGAAGGUCCUGUGUCAGCACGGAAUCCCACGGGGGAGGGGCUGGACACAAGCAGUGCGCAAGGCCAAUGCCAGACAGGAAGGAACACAUCCUACUGCUUGCCUGGUAACGCUCGUUCUAUAGAGAAUUCACGCGGCCGAUGCUGAUUCUCGCACAUGUCAGACUUCGGUGACUGUGUCUGUCACAGGAGGAAGCGCCUGUGUUAGGCUCAGCCUGCUCAGGGUCCGCAUUGAGGGGAAGUCUGCCUGGAAUCGGUAUUUCUGUUUGGGGUCUGUGUGGAAGAUCCAGACGCAAGGUUUGCAGACAUAUGAUCCCAUUCUGUCAGCUCUCUCCUCCCGCUGUGCUUUCCUGGGCUGUGCAGAAGCUCCUUGGCUUUAAGCACUCCCAUUUUUCUACUUUUGCCUUUAUUGCUGGGACUUUGGGAGUCUGAUCCAAAAAGCCACUACCUGUGCCGAUGUCUUGGAGUCCUUGCCCUGUGUUUUCCUCCAGUGGUUUUACGGUUUUUCGUCUUAUGUUUAAAAUACUGAUCCAUUUUGAGCUGCUUUUUGUCGAGGGUUUAAGGCAGGGGUUGUGGUGUGAUCUGUACUCUUGUCUGCCCAAACCCAGUGGAACACGGGGCACCAUCAUGUGCCCAAACGCAGUCAGCAGGUAGGACGACCCAGUGAACUUAUCCUGUGGCUUGUGGUGGUUUGCUUCCUGAGCUAUGGCCGUUUGCUGACUUUGUCGAUGCCUGUGCUGUCUGUGCCCUCACAGCCCAACCUCGAGCACGCUAACAAGAGGGACCCAGAGCCCGGAAAGUCGUCAGGACCUGGGAGACUGCUUUGGGGCCACAGGCUAACGCACACAGCAUCACACUCUUCCCUCCCACAGCUCAGUCUUCUUGUGUACAAAGCAAGUAACAGAAACAUGUGCAGAGCUGACCCCAAAAAGGCUUAGUCAGCUGAAAUCAUUUAAUGGGGAAAUAGGCUUUAUGGUAUGAAGUGAUGCAGAGUUCUUUGCUGUGAUGUUUGCAUUUCUACUCAAAGAACACUGUCAGGGUGUGGUUUCAGUCCCCACAGAUUUUCCUUCCUAAAAGGUAUCCCCCAACUUGGUUCAGCUGGUUGGCUGCUAGUUAAUAUGCAUUUACAAGAUACAAAGUAAAAGUCUGAUGAUUGUUAAGUUAAAGCGGGAGUGAGCUAGACACAUUUGAAUGUUCCUUUGCUCCAGUUUUUAGUGUUUAAGAUCAGUUGGCUGUCUAAACUUGACAGUUGCAUUCUCUGAGUUGUAAGCCCACAGCCUUAUGACAGACAGGUGGUGUCUGGAGCGCAGGCAGAUUAGAGAAUGGGACAGUUAAAGGUGCUGACGCCCACUGUCAAGGGGCACCGCAGGGGCUGGUGCUGGGCAGCGCUGCACACUGGCCUCUGUUCUGCUUAGGCCCUGUCCCAGGUCACUGCUGCCCUCGUGAGCGCUCAGCAAGUGUGCUAUGAUAGUGAGUGGACCACGCAGGCUGCCCACACACUCAUCAGUGGUACUCCCUGAACUGAUGUGAGUGUGGUGAGAAGUGAAUUUGUGCUCAUGGUCACUGGCCGGCAAGGUCAGCCAGUCCCGCCACAUUUUAUAGUUCACCAGAGCGACGGCUCAAGUCAAAGCAGUGGUUUUUCUUCUUAACUGAUCUUUUGUCCAAAAGCCACACAGUACUGUGAAUACAGACGGCCAGGGGAGAACAGCUAGUGUAAGCCCGAGCGGGGCGCGGCUUUACAUUAGGGGUCUCUGGCUGCAGCAACAGACUGGACUUCAGGGAGUUUUGACCGUGCUGAGCAGAGCCCCUCUGGUCGGGAGGCCGAGCAUCUGGAAACUUCUGCCUGGCAGCACUGUCUCUCCCGGCUGGGGUGGGGCGGCCACUGUUCGGUGAGCCGACUUGCCAGGGAAAGGCCUGGCGCUCGCCAGAAGAUCAAUGCAUGCAGGUGCCUGUGCAAGUGCGGACGGCUGCACUCCUGGAGCUGCUCACCCUGCAGAGAGCAGAGGUGCAGCGGCACGAGCAGCGGGGCCGGGAGCACGGAGACCACUGAGCAGAGCUCGAGGUCUGUAUCUAAGCACAGGACAGACGUUUCAUCAGUCACUGUGGGUGCAGGAUUCUCUAUUGAAUACAAGAGCUUUCCUUGGUCAGUAAAACUGAAAACUGAUGCUUGGCAGUUCUGUGUGUCUAGCAAUUUCUCUCACCCUAUGUAUAGCAUAAGGACAAUCACCCACCAAGAGGCAAGCAAACAGUAGGAUAUUUCAUUAGAAUGAAACCAAGUAAUUGAUUUAUAAUUUAUAAAGCCAAAUUGAAAGAACUGAUUAGAAUUUCCUUCAUUUUUGCUCUGAUGCACAAAAGUUGUUAGCUAGGUCCCAUGGCUAACAUGAGCAGUGUACAGCAGUUUAAGCCUGUAUUUCUAGAAAUGGGUGUUAGUAUUUACAGGAUUCUCCAACUUAGAAAGAAAGAAGAAAAUCGGAAGAACUCAGCUCAGCAGAGGCCGGUUAGUGCUGGCGUGGAUCGUGUGUCCAGUCUUCUGUAUUUACCAAGUCAGGCGAUUGUUCAAGAGACACGGGAAAGUGCUCUCCCUGAGAUGGGGGCAAAGGCUACGUGAGAACCCGGAGCCGGGGGUAAGGUUCUAGAACUUCUGGCCCCCAGACUGACACGAGGUGUCACACGUGGUAGUGACUCCAGUGGUCUCCCUCGUGGCCGUGCAGCGGCAUGGUGGGUGGGAACGCCUCUUCGGCCACGGACUUCCUCCUGGCCGGGCUCUUCCCUGGGUCCCGGCACUCCCUGCUCCUCAAUGCCGCCGUGGUCCUCAUCUACAUCCUGGCCUUCCUGGGAAACGCCCUUCUGAUCGUCCUGAUCCUGGGGGACGCCCGGCUGCACACGCCCAUGUACGUCCUGCUCAGCCAGCUCUCCCUCAUCGACCUGACACUGACCUCCACCAUCGUCCCCAAGAUGGCCACCAACUUCUUCACAGGGGAGAGGGGCAUCUCCUGGGUUGGCUGCGGGACACAGAGCUUCUUCUUCCUGUUGCUGGGGACGUCCGAGUGCCUCAUCCUGACCCUCAUGGCGUACGACCGCUACGUGGCUGUGUGCAACCCGCUGCGCUACCCCGCCAUCAUGAGCCCCAGGUUCUGCCUGCACAUGGUUUCUGGGUGUUGGGUUGGAGGCUUGGUCAGCUCCUUGGUUCACACGGUUUACCCUCUGCACUUCCCCAUCUGUGGGUCCCGGGAGAUCCAGCACUUCUUCUGCGAGGUGCCCGUCCUCAUCAAGCUGUCCUGUGAGGACACAUCCGUGUAUCAGUCGGUGGUAGUAGUGAGUAGCGUGGUGCUGCUGGUCGUCCCCUUCGGUCUCAUCACAGCCUCCUACACACUCAUCUUCCUCGCCGUGCUCCGCAUGAGCUCUGUCAAGGGCAGGCAGAAGGUCUUGGCCACCUGCUCCUCCCACCUCACGGUGGUGAGUCUCUUCUUUGGUCCGAACAUCUUCAUUUACAUGAGCUUCACCUCUUCCCACAGCCCAGAGCAAGACCAGGCACUGUCUGUGUUCAGCAAUGUGUUCACCCCCAUGCUGAACCCCCUCAUCUACAGCCUGAGGAACAAGGAGGUGCUGGCUGCACUCCGGAAGCUGGCGGGGAGGUGCGGGGCUUCCUAGGGAGCAGAGACAGUGACAGGCUGUGGGGGUGAGCAGAGCAGCUGGCCGGGCUGGGGGGAGCCGUUUUGCACUCAUGGCUUUAGGAGACCAUGAUGAGAGUUCUUUCUGAAUGAAGUUUCGGCUGUGAGUCCCAGACCUCCGCGGGAGGCUGCUUUGCUUUUAUUGUAAAUAUCCCUGGAGCCUUAUGAAGUAGGGACAUAUUAAAAUUCUUUUAUGUUUCCAUUAAAUCAGCUCUGAAAUCUCUAAAGUUCCUACAUAUAUAUAUUCGGAACCCAUGCUGGGGUCUCAAAAUGGGUUCACCUUUGCCAAGCGUGCGUGGUAUUUGGCAGAGCAAAUCAUUGGAAUUCCAAAGGCCAGUCUGCACCCUGAUGGCAUCUCCUGUAGUGCAAGAUGCUCAUGAAAGGGGCUUAUUGAGCCCCAGGUGUGGGGUGCACCUAUCGGGGUACACGUUAGAGGUGUGAGCGCGUACUCUUCAGGGCAGCGUCAUGUGAGUAUGCCUUUGUCUCACACGAUGAGCUGUCAUGAUCUCCACAGCUAAACAUGCACAUUCCACGCUCCAGCUUCCCUGCCUUGCAGGGGAAGGGUCGGACUCUGGGUCAGUGCACUGCACACCCCGGGGCCACUGUGUCCAUGGACGGCCACGUGGGCUUCUCUCCCUGUUCACUCUCUUCCUGUGAGGCCCUCCCUGACACCUCAGAGGGUCUCUUCCCAGACUUGCACCCCUCCCUGAGCAAUCUGUCCACACGUAGCUGCACAGUUCUGUGCGUGAACCUUCCUGUGGCAGCUGCCACCAGCGCGUGGGAAGUGUGGCUGUUGGAGCAAUCUGGGAGCACCUCAGAUAGAGACGUGCCGCCUGGACACGCUCGCCGCCGCCCUGCUGGCUGCUCACUCUGCCAAUCCUAGCACUGCUUCCAUCGGUGGGUUCUGGCCCUGAGUGUUGUGUAGGGACAGAGAACAAAGUUGGAACUGGGACUCUAGACUGGACAACAGCCUUAGUCUCCACCUCUGAUGUCGGCCUUGGGGGUUGCUUAUGCUAAGCGCAAGCUGCCUGUGCGUCUGUUUGCUCCUAAGAUUGCAGUUGGCCGUCUGCACACUCCCCACGUGCUGGUCCCGCCAAGCUCCUGGUUCACGUUUGUGUAGUCAUCGCUGCCGCCAGCCUCUGCAGCUUCGGGAUACCAGCUUUGUGUCUAGCUCAGUGUGCCGGUGCCGCGGCGGAGGAUUAGCCUAUUGAGCCAUGGCGCCGGCCAACACUUUUAUUUUUAACUCUUCAAGGGCAAAUUUAAUGAAGUGCUGGCUCAGAAGGUCCAUGUGUUAUCUUGAAAAUUAUGGUAGUGACGCAGCAGCCCCUGGAGGGCAGGCACCCAGCUGAGCAGACCAGGACACUGCUGUUGGGUGACCGUACUGAGUCCUGUGGCUGCCGGCCCCUCCUGGCCUUGCUGAUUGGUUCCUGCUUCUCACCAGGUCCUGCCCACCAUGGGCCCAUGUGGGCUUAGGUCUAACUUCCCUCUGAUGAUUGGUUCAUGGCCAAACCAAUCACAGUCAGGCUCAGCUGCUUGCCUGAUAGGUUCUCAUAGACUACCUCAUUAGCAGAUACCUUGACCAAUCAGGCAAACUUGCUCCUUUAGAAACACAUACAUAUGAGAGCCAGGCGGUGCUGCCCAGCCCCUCUCUUGGGGCCGCAGGUGCCUGGUGCUUUCUCUUUUCUUUCAGUAAACUUCCUUACUCGGCUCCCCUUCCUGCCUGUGGCCUCGUUCCUUGUGGGCAGGAGACAAAGAACGGAACAGAGAAGAGAAGCUGCAGCACAGAACACUGCAACACAACUCAACCCAAGCAGAGAGGAAGCUGUGAGGCAGACGGCUGUCACACUCGAGAGAGGGAGCUUUGACAGACGGCUGUCACAUAGGAGAUAGGGAGCUGUGACAGACGGCUGUCACAUAGGAGAGAGGGAGCUGUGACAGACUGCUGUCACACAGGACAGAGGGCGCUGUGACAGAUGGCUGUCACACAGGACAGAGGGCGCUGUGACAGAUGGCUGUCACACAGGAGAGAAGAAGAUGUGCAACAGACAGCUGUCACACACUAGAGAGGGAGCUGUGACAGGCGACUGUCAUACACGAGAAGGGAGCUGUGACAGAUGGCUGUCACACAGGAGAGAGGGAGCUGUGACAGAUGGCUGUCUCACAGGAGAGAGGGAGCUGUGACAGACGGCUGUCUCACAGGAUAGAGGGAGCUGUGACAGAUGGCUGUCAUACAGGUGAGAGGGAGCUGUGACAGAUGGCGGUCACACAAGAGAGGGAGCUGUGCGACAGAUGGCUGAUACACCGGAGAGAGGGAGCUGUGAGACAGAUGGCUGUCACACAUAAGAGAGGUAUCUGUGACAGAUGGCUGUCACACAGGAGAGAGGGAGCUGUGACAUACAGCUGUCACACAGGAGAGGGGGAGCUGUGACAGAUGGCUGUCACACAGGAGAGAUGGAGCUGUGACAGACGGCUGUCUCACAGGAGAGAGGUAUCUGUGACAGAUGGCUGUCACACAGAGAGAGGGAGCUGUGACAGACGGCUGUCAUACAGGUGAAAGGGAGCUAUGACAGAUGGCGGUCACACAAGAGAGGGAGCUGUGCGACAGACGGCUGAUACACCGGAGAGAAGGAGCUGUGCGACAGAUGGCUGUCACACACAAGAGAGGUAUCUGUGAUAGACAGCUGUCACACAGGAGAGAGGGAGCUGUGACUGAGGGCUGUCACACACGAGCAGGGAGCUGUGACUGACAGCUGUCACGCAGGCGAGAGGGAGCUGUGACAGAUGCCUUCACACAGGAGAGGGGGAACUGUGACAGAUGGCUGUCACACAGGAGAGAGAGAGCUGUGCAUCAGAUGGCUGUCACACAGGAGAGAGGGAGCUGUGACUGAUGGCUGUCACACACAAGAGAGGAAGCUGUGCGACAGAUGGCUGUCACACACCAGAGAGGGAGCUGUGUGACAGAAGGCUGUCACACAGGAGCCUCUGUGUAAGCCAAGAAGUUAGAACAGAGAGUCGUGCUCCAUCAGAGAAUGUGGAGGGGGCUGGUGCCCAGUAUGCCCACACCCUGUCUGGGUGCUUGUUCCUCUCCCAGCUGCUGCACUUCUAAUCUAGCUUCAUGCCAGUGGCCUGGGAAAGCAGCAGAAGAUGGCUCAAGCGCUUGGGCCUCUGCACCCAUAUGGGAGACCUGGAAGAAGCUCCUGGCUCCUGGCUUCAGCCUGGCCCAGCCCUGGCCAUUGUGGUCAUCUAGAGUGAGCCAGUAGAUGGAAGACCUCUAUCCCUGUCUCUCCCUCUCUCUGUAAUUCUUUCAAGUAAGUAUUUUUAAAAAUUUUAAAAAAUGGAAUGUGUUGAAAGCAUGUGCCCCAUCUCCUGGGGAGGAGACAUAGACUCCUCCUGCCUCUGAUAGGGACCCCAGGGCCCUGGGAAGGAAAGGAAGACCCCCGCCUGACUUAGCCAUGCAGGAACUCUGAGGGACGGAGGGUGGGACACAGGUUCAACGUCACCUCCAGAUGUGGUUCCAUCUGCUGAGCAGAGCCGCCUGCCACAGACCUGUUUGAACACACUCCCCACGUCCACAUGUAGCGUGGGCUCUGUGAUUGGUUCCUGGUCAAGCCAAUCAUACUCAGGCUCUGCUGACUCCCUGAUUGGUUUAUAUAUAAUACCUCAUUAUCAUGCAACUUGACCAAUCAGGUGAACUUGAACCUUUAGAAUUGUGUAAAAAUCCCAGCCAGGCAGUUUUGAUUUUUAAGAUUUAUUGAUUUGAAAG